AUGUUUUCGAUUAGCGAGGCACCCUCGCUUGUUACCAUUGCGCUCGCGCUCCAGUCUCUUUUCUAUUUGGAUGUUGGGUUUGUUUUGGAUGAAGGGCAGGCUUCAGUUAACGAUGAAUUUAGAGUUUUUUAUGCUGACAGGUCCCCUUGGAAUUUGAUUAUUAAGGCUAAAGGAGUGCCUGGGCACGGGUCGAGAAUGUAUGAUAACGGAGCUAUGGAGAAUUUGAUGAAUAGUAUCGAGGUUAUCAACAGGUUUAGAGAUAGUCAGUUUGAUAUUGUUAAGGCUGGAAAAGCUUCGAACUCGGAAGUUAUCUCAGUUAAUCCUGUUUUCUUGAAAGCUGGGAUUCCUUCCCCAACUGGUUAUGUGAUGAAUAUGCAACCUUCGGAGGCAGAAGCAGGGUUUGAUCUUAGAUUGCCUCCUACAGCGGACCCGGAUCUUGUGAAGAAAAGAAUUGCUGAAGAGUGGGCGCCAGCUGUACGAAACAUGACAUACGAGAUAAUUGAGAAAGGACCCUUGAGAGAUUAUAUGGGACGCCCGUUAUUGACAGCAACAGAUGAUUCGAACCCGUGGUGGUCUGUUUUCAAGCAAGCCAUUGCAGCAGCUGGAGGAAAACUUGCAAAGCCUGAAAUAUUGUCUUCAACUACUGAUGCGCGGUUCAUGAGACAGAUGGGGAUUCCCACUUUCGGAUUCUCUCCAAUGACAAAUACCCCUAUUUUAUUGCAUGACCAUAACGAGUUCUUGAAAGACACCAUAUUCUUGAAAGGAAUUGAGGUUUAUGAACAUAUAAUUCAUGAGUUGAGUUCGUUUGAGGAAGCUAAUUCAAUAUAGAUGUUCUCAGUUUCAACAUGAUUGGAGAACCGCUGUAUGGCAUGCUGAUUUUGAUGUGGCGUGGUUGUUUCACUGGUAAGAUAUGCCAAGAUGCUUGCAUAAUUUUGGUAUUUAUAGCUUAAUCUUUCUUUGGUUAUUGCACUUUACUGCUAUAAUGAUCAUCAUUCACAUUGUUAAUAAGAGCGCUUAUCAAUAAGAAGAGCAAUAGAGUUCGUUGUAUACGGGACCUAUUAAAGCCCUUUUGUACAGACUCCAUUAAUUGAUAGUUGACUUAAUAUUCCAUCCUUUAAA